GAGUGGCUGGAGAACGCGGUCAAUGAUAAGUAGCUGGUGCUAGGCUUCAGGCAUACCUGUCUCUAUACCCACGCGGACUGACGUAGAUGACGAUAUUCAUGGGGACUGACCAUACCGCGGUUCUGUCAAGCACGCUAUGCAUGUCGUCGUUCCUGGCCAGAAGUGGUUGCCGUUGGGUGAAAUGCGUCCUCCACUCGGAUACCCGCGUGGCGGCAGUGCUGGUUCAAGCGCAUCCCGAUUUGGACAGAGAUGCCUGCCAGACGUAGCGGAGCAGCUGUCAUAGUGCAUACGGACCGUCAUGAACUUGCAGCGCGCUGUUUCUCCUCUGCGCCAUCCUUCCGAGACAGAUUCCUCCAAGCAAAAGCCGUUAUCAGGUCGUGUUCACGCGCGGACAUGUUGUAUACAAUGGACGACACCACAGUAGUUGUCCUACAUCCUGACGACACACAAUUGGCCGCACCGAUAGCGGUGCAAGUGACCAUCAAAGCGGAUAGACCUGCAUCGACCGACGACGUAGCCGCCUUUUUCCACGCGCAACGAGAAGUGUCGAAUCUCGUCACCCGCGUUAUCACCGCUCACCUUCAGCAUCCGCUUCCUUCACCCAUGUGUUUCCAGGGCGAGAGCUACGUCUUGACGGCGAAACAUGCAGCCUGGACCUUCGGGAGCGAGAGGGUGAGGUUUUCGUGGGGUCCAGAAGAGAUAAAGCCAGGCAGGGAGAAGUGGACAUUCAUCUUCGCGUCGUUGAAGCCAUGACUGUUCCCUGCGCAUCGUUCUUGCCCCUGGUAGCCAUCGCGAUUGUCCAGCAAUACAGUGCGCCCCUUGCGUGUCAACAAGUGGUCCGGCCGGGCCAUGAGAGGGAGAAGAA